CCAUUCCGCGGCCAUGGAUUACGAUGCGUACGAUGCGUUGCUUCAUCACAUCUUCAAGCAGACCCAAGGCGAUGCGUGGUUCAAGCCCUCGGAGGAGAAUGUACACGCCGGCGUCUGCCUCCGUGUAGCCAAUGGGCACUUCCGCGUAUUCCCGUACGAGAACCACUAUCUCGAGCCGUUUGAGGCGGCGGUCAGGGGCCUCAACCCCGUUGUGGCCGUCAAGAUUCGCAGCGCCGCCAUCCACGCUGCGCUUGCCACAGUAAAGGAAGAUGCGGAUGCCAUCUUCGUCGACGUCGACACGCGCAUACAAGUUCUGGAGAGCAUGCCGUUUUUGUCUCGUGCGGACAAGGAACAGUGUGCUGCGUUCAUUCGCGAUGAGCGUGUCCUAGUGGUCUGGUCGUACUCGCUCGACACGAUCAUUCCUACGUGUCGCGAGCUCGAAGAGAAGCUCAUCCAGCUUGUAUGGAAGCAACGGUCUGCCUUCACUUCUCUCGCGAGCUCUGCGGUGCCCUCGACGACCUCCUCGGCGUCGGACGUAAAUCUCACUGAGAAGGCCAUGCCGAUCAUGGACGAGAAGGAGGUUUCUGCGGCUACACAGGAGAAGGCUAAGCCGAAGAAGAAGAGUCGUGGUCUUGGUUUCUUCAAUUACUGGGUGUCCGCGAAGGAUGACGUGGAGAAGACCGCUGAUGGUGCGUCAGUGCGGCCUGUGCGUCUCUUUGCCCCGGUGUACGGUGGACUUGCGGCAGCGUUCUCCAUAUUCUUUAUCGCAAGCGGCAUCAACACCCUGAUUCAAGAAUGUGUGCUGGAUGGCACGUACAUUCGCUUCGCAUUGUUGGUGACCACUCCCUUACUGUUCUGCGUUUCUCUGUUCUUUUCCUUGCAGAUCGUCACCAACGUCUCUUACCUGCUCGGACCGGUUGCGCAAUUUCAUGAGAAUUCGAGAUACUAUUCUGCCGUGCCUCCUGCUCCGAACAAGCUGGUGGACUCGAACUUGCCGCACAUAACGGUCGAGCUUCCGGUCUACAAAGAGAGCCUUAAGGAAACAAUCGCGCCAUCUGUGUAUUCGCUCAAGAAGGCAAUGCAGACGUACGCCCGGCAAGGCGGCACAUCCUCCAUUUUCGUCCACGAUGAUGGCCUCCAGCUCAUCUCCGAAGCCGAGCGUGCCGAGCGCAUUGCCUUCUAUGCCGACCACAACAUUGGUUGGGUUGCGCGUCCGCCGCACGAUAACUCGCCUGAUGGGUUCAAGCGUGCUGGACGAUUCAAGAAGGCUUCCAACAUGAAUUAUGGCCUGGCGCUCUCGCUCAAACUGGAGAAACAUCUGCUCGCACUCCAGGCAGAGGAGGCAGCGGCUCACGGAACGACUGGCAGCGUGUCGGAGAAUGAGGAGAGCCUCGAGGACAAGGCGAUGAACAUGGCGAUCGAGGAGAUCUAUGAGGAGAACGGGCGGCGGUGGAAGCCCUGGGCGUGCAACGGCAAGUCCAUUCGGGUUGGCGAGGUCAUCCUCAUCGUCGACUCGGACACGAUCGUUCCUGAGGACUGCUUCCGUGACGCGGCGCGAGAGCUGUUCGAGUGUCCCGAGGUCGCGAUCAUCCAGCACGAGUCGGACGUCAUGCAGGUUGCUCACCACUAUUUCGAAAAUGGCAUCGCCCACUUUACGCGCCGGAUCAACAAGUGUAUCUCUAUGGGAUGUGCGAAUGGCGAGGUCGCGCCGUUUGUCGGGCACAAUGCGUUCUUGCGCUGGUCGGCGCUGCAAGACGCGGCGUUCAUUGAUCCAGAAGAUGGCGUGAAGAAGAUCUGGUCGGAGGUCAACGUGUCGGAGGAUUUCGAUAUGGCACUGCGCCUGCAGCUAAAGGGGUACAUCAUCCGGUGGUCCACGUACUCUGAGGGCGGCUUCAAGGAGGGUGUCUCGCUCACUUGUGAUGACGAGCUCAACCGCUGGCAGAAAUAUUCGUACGGCUGCAAUGAGCUCAUCUUUAACCCGCUCAAGGACUGGUGGCGCAUGGGCCCUAUCACGAAGCAACUUCGAAUCUUCAUAUGGUCCGCAGCGCCCCUUCACUACAAGAUCAGCAUGUUGUCCUACAUGUUCUCCUACUAUGGUAUUGCCGCCUCUGCCGUCCUCUCUAUAAUGAACUAUUUUAUCCUUGGCUGGGACAUCACUGUCGAUGGCUACUACCUACACAGUUUCGAAAUCUGGUUGGCUUGCACAGUCGUGUUUCCUGGUGCCGGUAAUCUCGGCUUCACUCUGCUGGAGUAUCGACUGGGCCAGCGCAGCCUGUUCGACUCGCUGCUCGAGAACGUCACUUGGGUCCCCUUCUUCUUCUUCUUCUUCGGCGGCCUCUCCAUCCAUCUCUCGCAAGCCCUGCUCGCGCACCUCUUCUCCUACAAUAUCACGUGGGGCGCGACGAAGAAGGAGGUCGAGCGCUCGAACUUCUGGCUCGAGGUGCCUAAGAUCCUCAAGCGCUUCUGGAUCGCACUCGUGCUGAGCUUGCUUAUCGUCGUCGCGAUGAUCAUACUCGCGACGGGGGUCAUCCCAACUGGAUGGCAAAUCGUAGUGGCAGAUUGGGCAGUGAUCCUCCCAUUGGCGAUCGUCGUAGGGUGCCAUAUUUUGUAUCCCGUUGUGCUGAACCCGUGGUUCAUGAUCUUCUCAUACUGAGUUCACAUCGCUAUCCUCGGACUCUGUCGGCAGUCUAGACUGCUCCUUCAAAACUGAACCCUGUUCUACGCGGAAUUCCCGCGUAUGUCAUAACGCCUACACGUAUGCGCUUCCGCCGCAUUCCGCUUCAGACUCUUAGAUGAAUCGUACUUGCUCGCCGAGAACUGUACUCAUGC